GUCAAUUAGAUUUCUUUUAAAACUCAACUUCACUAGCUCUCUGUAAAAAUCCUUAUGUCAUUGUACUUCGUUUGAAAACAUAUCUGAUAUGGAUCACUUCCUGUCAACCCUGACUCUUUGUCUCGUCUCACUCGUCUGGGUUUCUACAACUCAAGCUGAUGGCUCCUGUGAAAAUGUCUUCUCUGAGUGUCACCAACGUAAUGUCUCCUGGACCAGGUGUUAUGACCACAAAAUUCGAAAAUGUACGAUAAGAAGCCAUGGUAUGCCGUACUUCAUUCAACGGAGGGUGAACUCGUCUCAAGAGGCUGUGGAGAGUCCUACUCCUGAACACGGGGUUCACAUCCCACCCUCAGCUCUACAGAGAAUCAGAGGAGCUGAUCCUGAGGAGGAGGUACAGCUGGUGAUCACUGUGCUCAACAGCACUUACUUUAAGCUGAGUUCCCCGCUGCCAAAAGGACGGGGGAGAGUACUCAGACCCAGCCCUCCUGUCCACAGGCAAGACACUGUUAUGGGGGAGUCAGUGCUGGUAGUGAAGGCAGGGAACUUUCCAGUCAGAAACCUCCCACAACCCAUCAAAUUAAUCUUCAAACACAACAAAGAGGUGGAAAAUGGGACUUGUGUGUUUUGGGAGGAGUCAGAGCUGGGUGAUGGAACAGGUCACUGGAGCCCAGACGGUUGUCAUACCACCUUCACUCAAACUGAGUGUAUUUGUAGCUGCAACCAUCUGAGUUUCUUUGCUGUGCUUGUGAGGGCCCUAGCAUCAGUGGAUGUAAGAAAUGUUGUGAACCUUGGCUAUAUCACCUACAUUGGACCUGCACUCUCCGUCUUCUUCACAGCCAACAGCUUGAUCAUCUAUAUAUGUCUACAAAAUUGGCGUCCAGAGAAGGUGAUCGGUGUGCAUAUGCAACUAGCAGGGGCACUGCUCUGCCUCCACCUCAGCUUUCUGGUGUGCAGUAUGUUAGUGUUGCAGCAGAAUGAGAACGAGGAGGGCUGGGUUUGCCAAGUUAUGGGUCUCAUUUUACACUGGUCCCUGCUGGCCACCAUCAGCUGGACAGCUCUGGAGGGAUUCCAUCUCUACCUUCUCCUAGUCCAAGUCUUAAACGUGAAGAGAUACCUGCUCAAACUCAGCUUGGUGGGAUGGGGUCUUCCUACACUGAUUGCAGUGGUUUGUGGGGUUUCAGGUGUUUAUGGGAAAUACAGUCUGGAACUGAGGGAUGCCAACAACCACACAACAGUGCAGAUGUGCUGGAUGAGCAGCAAGUUCCCACAGAGGCUUUUGGUCAGCUAUGUCAUUACUAUGGCCCUUCUGUUACUGUUGAUACUGUGUAAUUCCUGUAUGCUGGGACUGGUGGUGUGCAAGCUGCAGGGGCUGAGAGGAGGUGGCGGGGAUGUGAUGAACAGAGAGAAAGGAAGCAGGUUGUGGAAGGACUGUGCCACAGUGCUGGGUCUCAGCUGUGUUCUGGGGUUACCAUGGGUGUUAGGCAGCGCCACCUUAAUCUCCCUCCCCCAGCUGUACCUGUUCACUGUACUCAACUCCCUGUCAGGUGUAUUUGUGUUCCUGUGGUCAUGGUCUUUGAUUGACGAGCCUCAAAGAUAAUGGAUACCGGUCUCAAUAACUAAUAUACAAUGCUAAAACAAAUGUUUCAUGUAUAACCUUUAUUAGGUGUUUUGGUGUCCAUGUAUAAUGGACAGUCCAAAUAUAAUCAAAUCUGAACAAUAACUUGAUUUGCUGAUGGUCAAAUGAAAUCGCAUUUAAUAUUAUUAUCUAAUUUAAUGGUUAAAUGGUAAUUUAUUUGGUUGGAGAUGCCAAAAAAAUAAAACACAAAGUAAAGACAACUAAAUCAGAGGAGAUCAUCUAUAAAAAUCCUGUAUGACCUGUAUGACCCUGAAAAUCAAUUUAAAAAUUUGACACAUAUGACAAUAAAACAGUUCAGAAGUGCCUGUAACAAUGGUGAAAGAUAAGGUACAGAUGGCUGCAGCAGAAGGAACAAAGGACAGCUUAAAUCUUAUAGUUUUGAUCUUACUUUGCAAUGUCCUGCCUCUGUUGCUCACUCAAACCUCUGGUGUAGGUGAUGUGUACAGUAUUUUAGGAUGCCAGACAUAUUUAAAAUCUGGUCAUUGUAAAGUUGUGCUACUGUUCAAAUGUACUCUUUGAUUUCAAAUAUCUUAGUCGCUUUCUUUAUAUUUACGAUUCUUAACACACACAUUGACAAACAUAUAAAUCAAGCCAAAAGUUAAGUAACUCUGUGACACCGACUUGUAAAGAGUUGAAGGACACUCUGACUGACCCAAGAAAAACAUUCUUUGCUGCAGUGUUUCUUUCUUUCUUUCUUUCUUUCUUUCUUUCUUUCUUUCUUUACAUUGCAGAUUAUUUUCAAGACUCUUUCAAGGGCUCAUCAGAGUAAUCAUCAGGUCCCUGUUUGUCUUACAGUAACAUGAACAUUAUUUUUACAUCAUCUAAUCUCUCUAAUAACACAUACUGUGUUUAAUGUUUUGUAAUAUAUUAUGUUAUAUUAUAUGAAUUUAUUUUUGAUUGUUGAUUAUUUAAUCAUGUUUAACAAUAUGGCUAAUGAUAUGUUAACAAUAUGAUAGAAUAACACCUUUUAUUGAACAGAA